UCCCAUUUGGCGUACCGUACGCAAGUGCCCUUGCAUGAAAGCAUGGCGAGCAGAACCGGCGUGACAUUGGAAAGUGAUUUAAUGAGAUAUGCCGAAUACGCUCCGAAAUCUACAAUUCGGAGUGAAGCAGACGUUGAUAAACGGGUUGGUGAGGUUUUGAUUGCUGUUGGUCUUGGUGUUGCCGCUGCAGCUUUUGCAGGGCGCUAUGCAUUUCAGUUAUGGAAGCCUCUUGGUCAAGUUAUCUCUGAGACGGUAAAGAAAAUGCCUUCCUCGGCAUUUUCUGCAUAUUACAAAGGGGGCUUUGAGCCAAAGAUGACGAAACGAGAGGCCAGCCUCGUCCUGGGGAUCAGUCCCACCAGCAGUAAAGCAAAGAUCCGGGAAGCACACAGAAGAAUCAUGGUUUUGAAUCACCCUGAUAAAGGUGGAUCUCCAUACCUGGCAGCAAAGAUUAAUGAAGCAAAAGACCUGCUGGACUCCGGCUUACGGCAAUGACCCGUUUACGUCUUGCCUUCAGCCAGAACUCUGCUAACCUCUGCAGCAUUUUUCCCCAGACUCCACAUAAAUUUGGUGUCACUCUUCUCUGCACGUGUGGCACUUCUGCCCAGUCUUGCCGCAUUCUCGGUGAGGGUCCCUCCAGGGAGUCCGCUGGAGCUCAGACACACGACGGACUCGAUGUUCCUGGAUGUUCAAAAUCGGCAAACCGUGACUGAGUGCCUUAUGUGUUUGUCCCCUUAUUCUGUAAUGAGGUACACCGUCAUCUGUAAAUGCACGUUACAAUUUUAGCAGUGUCAGAUACAUUUGCCACAGUACUCCAAAAAUGGGAAAAUUAGUUACAUAUUAAUAGCAGUUAUACAAUGUAUAUUUAUGUAUGUUUUGUGUUUUAUUGACUGGUGUGAAAUGGGAGAGAGAGAAAUAAGCUUUCAUGUGGGGUAGGGGUAAGCAGGGGCAGAGUACAAUGAAUGUAUUUGUCUUUUGAUUCUGAGUAAAGAGUGUAAUUUUUUUUGUAUCUACACAAACCAAUGGUCAUUCAUUUUUAAUUUAUUCCCGAUUGCAUAUCUGCUGGACUGGCUGUGUUAUCUGUUUAUGACUGCGUUACAUAUUCAUGUUUGUGAUGUAAACAUACAAACCUUGGUGGUACUGUUACACACCUCUGUGUGAUGUCUGUCUCAUUCAUUUACUUGCCAUGUUCAUUCACAGUGAAGUCUCUCCAAGUUUAUGUAAAUGAUUCCUUUUCCUAAACGGCAAUGCUAUCAAAUACGUCUGAUAUAAAUAUGGAAAUCUAACAAAAACAUCUAAUGAAAAAUAAUAUUUCUGAGCACCUGGUGUGGCUGGUUUUGGUUUGCUUCGACAAUUUCAGGCUUGGAGUAGUGGAGGGAGUUGAUAGGUUUUGCUAGGUGAAAUGUAAAAAAACUGUUCUACUCGUGACUUCAAAGAUUCUCAUUUUCACCUAGUUUUCACCUUAUGUUCUUGUAUAUUGCACCAAAGAGUAAAAUGCCCAGAUCAACUUGUAAUCUGUUUCAAUAGGAGUAUUUUAGCUCUAGCUGAUAAAACACAAUUAAAUGAUGUGGAAGCCAGUCAUUUUAAUUUGUUUUUUUGUAACAAAUGUAAUCUUGCUUCACUAGCUGCUUUUAGCAGUCUUAGAGCUUAGCAUCCAAAUUGUGCUUUGAAAUGUAGGUAAUAUAUGCAAGAGCUGUCUGCUACAGAAAUAAAAAAUGAACAGAUGUAAGCAAUAGUCAUGCAUGAGCCUCGAAAACAAUGUCAUGGUAAACUUGUGCUAUGUUCAGCUUUGUGAAUCACUAAACCUUCUAAUAGUUCAAUAUAGAGAAUCUUAUGGGAAGUCUGAGAAAUUCGUUUAUGGUUUUCUCCCACAUGACACGACGUACUGUCACAAAAGCGUAAUCUUUUCCCCCAAACCAGCUCAGCACAAAUCGUGUCUGGCAGCCCUGACCAGCCACACAGCCUGUGCUGAUAUAAGCUGCAGCUUUAAGGCUCAUUAAUGCUCAGUGUUAAACACACAUAUGGAUGGAGGCUUCAGUCCUUAGUCUGCUUUCCUUCUGUCCACAUAUGUAUGUAUUUUCUGAAAGCUUAUGGAUAUAGAUGAAGCAGAGCAGUACCACCAGAAAUUGUGGGAGCCAAUAAAGAAAUUUUUAAAAUGGUU